AUAAAACUUCUCUCCCCAGAGUGAGGAAACCAGAGGAGUUAGCAGCUGUUCACAAGACUGAUUCUCUCCCAGCUGACACGAGGAGUAUUUGAAUUUUUCGUAAAGCCGGGACCAUGAUGAUCCCAAGCGUUAUUGCGCCUCCUGCCUUCUACCCCGGGCUGUACCGGCCCACCGCGGCUCUCCCGCUCCACCAGACCCUGCCGUCGGCCUUCCAGACCCACUCUAGCUUCCUGGUGGAGGAUCUGCUGCGGAUAAGCCGCCCCGCCGCCUUUAUAAACCGAACUGUCCAGUCAGCGAGCGCCUCCGUGCCAACAGCCACCACCGUGUCCACCGGCGGCGCGCCGGAGCGCACGGUAGCGGCGAGUGCGGGGACGCGCGAAUCGUGCUCACCUAAAACAUCGGUGCCGAACAGCAAGGACCCGAGUUUUCUCAAGUUUGGAGUGAACGCCAUCCUCGCACCCUCACCAAAGACGGCGUCCUCACCCCCUGCAGUCCACAGUCUGAACACCAAGACCUUCCCCGUCCCCUGCUUUGACGCAGCCUUUCACCCCAUAUUCAGGGCGCCUUAUUUACCAGCAUCUUCAUCCGUUGUUCCAAUCCCGGGGACUUUUUCGUGGCCUUUGGCAGCCAGAGGAAAACCCCGGAGAGGGAUGCUGAGGAGAGCGGUGUUCUCCGACGUGCAGCGCAAAGCCUUGGAGAAAAUGUUUCAGAAACAGAAAUACAUCAGCAAGCCCGACAGGAAGAAGCUGGCAUCUAAACUUGGCCUAAAAGACUCGCAGGUAAAAAUUUGGUUUCAGAACCGACGGAUGAAAUGGAGAAAUUCCAAGGAACGAGAGCUGCUGUCAUCCGGUGGAUGCCGCGAGCAGACGCUGCCCACCAAAGCCAACCCGCACCCGGACCUCAGCGAUGUGGGCAAGAAGUCCUCAGCCGAGGACGAAGAGGAAGAAGAGGAAGAAAAGGAGUUCGGAACAGAGAGAAUGAGGGCGGCAGGUUCCACCAUCUCCUCUCCCUCCCUCUCCAGUAAGCACUCGGACUUCUCGGAGUCAGAUGAAGAGGAGAUAACAGUAUCUUAAUUUAUUUUGAAAAGCGAGUAUAGAGUUAUUACCCAUGAUCUGUUUUUAUGGGACGGUGACCAGAUUAGUAGGAAACUGCCGCUGUGACAAACCAUCAACGUCGCCGUUCAAACAAGUUGCACCCAUGUUUGUGGCUUCAUCAGUGCAUGCGCACUGGACAGGAUCUGCUACUGAGACACAAUUUGCUGUUUUGCACAGCUUUGUUCAAUUGUACAGUAUUUUGUACAAGUUUGUAUGGAAAUUUUAUGCCAAGAAUAUUGCGUUACUUUACAUUGACACUGAAUAGAGUUGUUUAUUGAAAAAUGUAGCUAUUUUGUUAAUUUAUAUCAAUUUGUUUAAUAACUAUGUUGUAUUAUGUGCUGUAUAUAUGUUUAUUUCACCUUUUGUACAAAAACUAAAUAAAACUGUAAACAAUUGAAAGUCACGUGUGUGUGUGUUGUUUUAACAUAACAGUUUGACCAUUCAAUCAUAAAUAAUUAUUAAUUUUAUUGAAUCACAAUAACUUAAGACUAGUACAGUGAUAUCAGAUUUAAUUCUCUGAGCCCCGGACAAACCAGUGAUGAGAAACUGCACCAAUCUGCUCUGAUGUAAAGAGACUGUACACAAAAUACUCCUUUUCAAGUACUGUAACAAAUUGGCUAGAAAAAGGUCAUCAAAAUGCUGCGCAAUAAUCAACUAUUUACAAAAUUAUGUUACAUGUAAAAAAAAAAAAAAAAGUACAUUGCUAAGAAGGCUAAACAUUCAUUGAGUUUGUGAGUAAUAAAACGACAGACGAGUCAAAUGCUUGAUAGACAUCCACACCUCUCAGAGCGGGUUUACACACGCAAACAGAAUUAAGUCUCUUUGUGCUUACGAGGACAGUAGCAGGGAGAGGCCUUAUGAAAUACACAGACACACUUAAUGGACAAAGAACGUUGGCCACAAAUCUGAAAAGUCUUCACAUAUCUGGUUCCAUGCUGUACAUCUCGAGGCAGUGCUGAAAACAAACACACAUGCGGCUUUUGGCUUCCAUUUGGAGAUCAGAAUGAAUGUUGCAUAGGAUAGGUGAGAAAAACAUGGAAA